UCUUUCUCUCUCUUUUUUUUUUUCUACCGUAUUCGUUAUCAUGAAUCAAAUGGUCCUUUUGAUCAUUGGACUUUUUCUCUUUUGUUUUAUUCAAACGAGUCUUGCAAUAGAAUCAACAUUAGACUCACCACGACGAAUUGUGGCCAUGGGGGAUUUGCACGGAGACUUGGCAAAUACGAAAAAGAUCCUUGCGCUAGCUGGUUUGAUAGAUGAAAAGGGACAUUGGUCUGGACAAGAUGCUAUUUAUGUACAAACGGGCGAUGUAUUGGAUAGAGGUACGGAUACGAUUGCAUUAUACGAAUUGAUCCAACAAUUACGGGAAGAAGCACCUGAGCAAGGUGGACUAGUGAUUCCAUUGUUGGGUAAUCAUGAAAUCAUGAAUCUUGUGGGUGAUUGGCGGUAUGUGACACAAAAGGAAAUGGCGACGUUUGGUGGUCAACAACAACGGAUUCAAGCCUUUCAACCGGAUGGGUUCCUUGGUAGCUAUUUGACCCAACUCAAUCUAACAACCAAAGUAGGUGGCAAUGUGUUUUGUCAUGGUGGUAUUCAUCCUGAUUUUGCCAAAUGGGGACCAGAUCUAAUCAACGAUUACACUCAUCAAGAUAUUCUGGAUUAUAUGCACUCACAUCAUGAUCCUCAUCACUUAUUUGGCGCCAAUGGUCCGACUUGGUAUCGUGGUUAUGCUUUGGAAGAUGAACCAGAGAUUUGUACUCUAUUGGAUCAAGCACUUGAUCAUAUGGAGGCUGAUCGUAUGAUCAUGGGACAUACUGUACAACAAGAUGGGGAAAUCAAAACUCGAUGUAAUGGAAGGAUAGUUUUGGUGGAUAUCGGUAUCUCUUGGGUUUACGGUAGACAUGUGGGUGCACUAGAAAUCUUGGGUGAUCAACUGACAGCUAUCUAUGAGCAUGGAAGGGUUUCAUUGACGCCACCUUUUCAACCUAUUAGGAUAGUACAUCAAGAAUUAUAAUGAAUAGAAUAAAAAGCUAGAAAUGUUUUUUUUUGUACCUUUAUUUAUUGUUUGUAAUCGAAUACCUCAUGACCCAAACCUUUUUUUUUAUUAUUGUUAUUGUAU